AAAUUAGAAGAAAAACAAAGCAUGCCCAUUAUUGAGCUUUCCACUCUGCUACUUUCUCCUCUCUCCACACUCCCCCACUAAUCAUAGCCAUAAAAUUCCAAGCAGUCAUUACAAAAACCCCAAAUCCUUGUUGUUUUUUUCUUCCAUGGCGGAAACCAGCACCACCACCAGCUUCAUCAAUGGAUCUUCCUCCAUUGCUAGCUUAGCUACUGACCAUCUCUUUACAAUCUUACUUUUACUUCCCAUGGAUUCAAUCCUAUAUUUCGCCAUGACUUGUAAGAAGUUCAGGUAUUUGGCUACUUCUGAUAUUCUAUGGGAAUCAGUUUGCAGGAGAGAUUGGGGAAACACUGCUGUUGAUGCUCUUAAAUCUUCUUUUCAUGACGAUGAACAACGUCGAUUGAUUCCCUGGAUUACGCUUUACAAACAAGUCUCUCGAGUUGACUCGGUUUGUUGUUACAAACUCGCUGAGCCAGAUCCCGAUUUGAUUUUGCCAGUUCCUCGAGCUUCUCACUCUCUCAAUUUUGUCUCCGGUUGCUUGGUUUUGUUCGGUGGCGGCUAUGAAGGAGGACGCGAUCUUGACGAUACAUGGGCAGUUUACAUCGGCAACAAUUCUCAAAACAUGCUAAAAUGGCAGAAGAUUCAAACAGGUACCCCAAGUGGAAGAUUUGGCCAUACAUGUGUUGUCAUUGAAAAUUAUCUUGUUUUGUUCGGAGGAAUCAACGAGAGAGGGGACCGACACAGUGAUACAUGGUUAGGACAAGUUUCACUCCACGAAAACCUCGGCAUCUCGCUGUCAUGGCAGUUACUCGAUGUCGGUUCGACGUCUCCACCACCACGAGGAGCCCAUGCUGCAUGUUGUAUAAGCUCUAGGAAGAUGGUUAUCCACGGAGGGAUUGGUUUAAAUGGUGUCAGGUUAGAUGAUACAUGGAUUAUAGAACUGUCUGAAAAUCGAUGUUACGGAACAUGGCAUAAAAUCGUUAGCCAUCCAUCACCUCCGGCUCGUUCAGGACAUUCAUUAACAUGUAUCAGCGAAACGCAAACGAUUCUGUUUGGUGGAAGAGGAUUGGGAUACGAAGUUUUGAAUGAUAUAUGGGUCUUACAUGUGACCGAAGGUUACUCAAAAUGGGUUCAAAUCUUUUACGAGUUGCAAAACAUACCGGCCGGAGUUUCUCUCCCACGAGUUGGACAUUCGGCUACGUCAAUAAUUGGGGGACGGUUACUAAUUCAUGGAGGAGAAGAUUCAUUGAGGCAUAGGAAAGAUGAUUUCUGGGUCUUAGAUAUUAGUCACAUAUCAUUAGAAAAAAUGCAUCCUACAAGAUUGAAUUCGAAAAGAAUGUUAGCAAACAAGUGGAGAAGACUUAAACCCGAAGGUUAUAAACCUGGAUGUCGAUCAUUUCAUCGAGCUUGUGUCGAUGAUUCGGGUCGAUAUUUGUAUGUGUUUGGCGGAAUGGUCGACGGAUUGCUUCAGCCUGCUGAACCGGUUGGGCUUAGGUUUGAUGGUGAGCUAUUUCUGGUGGAGUUGGUACUUCAGUUAUGAAGGAAAAAAAACAGAUUAGAGGCUUGUGUAUGUAUGUAGGUAUGUACGUAUCAUGUGUGCAUGUAUAUAUAUGUAAGCGUUUCAUGGACAUGGAUGAACAGUAAUCUCAAAAUUGCAUGUAUUGAUUAAAGGUGUUUAUAGAUUAAAUCAGGUUAAAGUUUA